CGAGGCUUGGGCGGGCGCCGGGUUUCCCGCGGUCGAAGGAGAAUCGCUCUUAAAGGGCCAGCCCACUCGCGUCCUUUUGUUCCGGGGCCGCAGGGCGGGGCAGGCCCAACUUUCGCUGUCUCCUGGUCUACUCUCCAGAACGGCCAUGAUUUCCCAGUUCUUCAUUCUGUCCUCCAAGGGGGACCCGCUCAUCUACAAGGACUUCCGCGGAGACAGCGGAGGCCGGGAUGUGGCCGAGCUCUUCUACCGGAAGCUGACGGGACUGCCUGGAGACGAGUCUCCGGUUGUCAUGCACCACGAUGACCGUCAUUUUAUUCACAUCAGACACAGCGGCCUCUAUUUGGUGGCCACGACUUCAGAAAACAUUUCUCCCUUCAGCCUCCUAGAGCUGCUCUCCCGGCUAGCCACGCUCCUGGGUGAUUACUGUGGCUCUCUGGGUGAGGCGACCAUCUCCCGCAACGUGGCUCUGGUCUACGAACUUCUGGAUGAAGUGCUGGACUAUGGUUAUGUACAGACCACAUCCACGGAGAUGCUGAGGAACUUCAUCCAGACGGAGGCUGUGGUCAGCAAACCCUUCAGCCUCUUUGACCUCAGCAGCGUUGGCUUGUUUGGGGCUGAGACACAACAGAGCAAAGUGGCCCCCAGCAGUGCAGCCAGCCGCCCGGUGCUGUCCAGCCGCUCUGACCAGAGCCAAAAGAAUGAAGUGUUUCUGGAUGUGGUCGAGAGAUUGUCCGUCCUGAUAGCCUCUAACGGCUCGCUGCUGAAGGUGGACGUGCAGGGAGAGAUACGACUCAAGAGCUUUCUGCCCAGCGGCUCUGAGAUGCGCAUCGGCUUGACGGAAGAGUUUUGUGUGGGGAAGUCAGAACUGAGAGGUUAUGGGCCAGGAAUUCGGGUGGAUGAGGUCUCAUUUCACAGCUCGGUGCAUCUGGAUGAGUUUGAAUCUCAUCGAAUCCUCCGCCUGCAGCCACCUCACGGUGAGCUGACGGUGAUGAGGUAUCAACUCUCAGAUGACCUCCCCUCCCCGCUCCCCUUCCGGCUCUUUCCCUCCGUGCACUGGGACCGAGGCUCAGGCAGGCUCCAGGUUUAUCUGAAGUUACGAUGUGACCUGCCCCCAAAGAGCCAGGCUCUCAACGUCAGGCUGCACCUUCCCCUGCCACGGGGGGUGGUCAGCCUGUCUCAGGAGCUGAGCAGCCCAGAGCAGAAGGCAGAGCUGGGGGAGGGAGCCCUUCGCUGGGACCUUCCUCGGGUGCAGGGAGGCUCUCAGCUCUCAGGCCUUUUCCAGAUGGACGUCCCGGGCCUCCCCGGGCCUCCCGGCCAAGGCCCCUCCACCUCGGCUCCUCCUCUGGGGCUGGGCCCCGCCAGUCUCUCGUUUGAACUUCCCCGGCACACAUGCUCUGGCCUCCAGGUUCGCUUCCUCAGGCUGGCGUUCAGACCAUGCGGCAACGCCAAUCCCCACAAGUGGGUGCGACACCUAAGCCACAGCGACGCCUACGUCAUUCGGAUCUGAGGCUCCCAAACGAGGACACGGGUGGCAAAGGAGUGAUCUGUGCAUCAGGAGAAGGACAACCUUUCCUCUCCCAGCAUCCUGGCCUGUGGCUGUGGCUCUGGCUGGAAGGGUCCUGAGUCCUAGAGAGCAGGGGGCUCCACGGGUUCAACCGCCCGUCCGUGGGAUCUGACCCAGGAAGGACUGAGGUGGAUCACAAUUUAAAAAUCAAACUUUUAUUCUGAGGAACUGACUGUACAAUACUGAAAGAGAAAGUCACGUGGGGGAAGCUGACUACUAUUUCCUUCCACCCAGCGCGCGUGC